GGCUCCAUCCAUAGCAAACAGAGCCACAGUGCUGGAAGCCACGUGGCUGGUCACAGGUUUGGAUCUCCAGGUGGGCUCAAAGAUGCACCGGGCCUGCACAUGUGUGCAUGGAGCCUGCAGAGCUGGGGGGGUACUGGCAAGAGGGGGAGUGGUGUACCGAGACCCUACCCGCUUUCUCUCCUGCGGGCACACAGCCUUCAUCAUGACUGAAACGAACAAACUUUUAAAAAUGAAUGAAUGAUAUCAGCUGCCUGGUGGAGCCGAGACUCAGGGGGCAAAGUUAAGUGAGGUAACAGGCUCAGAGGGCCUGGCUCAGGCCUGGCUGCAUGGGGACUGCCACAGUUAUAAUGUUACUGAGACUAUUUAAUCGUUACUACUGCUGCUCCGGUACUUUCUGGAUUAAUGCUUGUGCUACUUAUUUUACCGACAUAAUUUUGCAUUGCCUUUAUUGUUACUCAUUAGUUUCCAAUUAAGACUGCCUGGUGUUUACAGCUACAGGAGGCAGCUCAGUGGAUGGGUCAGGGGCACAAACCCUGGAGCCAGACUGCACAGCUCUGCCGGUCACCCCUGUGUGUCCUGGGGCAAGUCACAAAAACCUGUCUGUGCCCCAGCUUUCUCAUCUACAAAAUGGGAAUAAUAGCAGCGUCAGCUUCGCAGGGCUGUGAGGAACUAGAUGAGAAGGUGCCUAGAAUGGACUCAUAUUCGGUGCUUGAGCAGUCUCGCUGCCGCUGGUGAUACCCAGAAAGGGCAUUUGAUCUGGGCUUUGAAGGGCAGUUCCUGUGGAGCUUCCGGCUACCGGGCGAGGCCCAGAAGAUAGACCGGAUGAUGGAGACCUUCGCCACGCGGUACUGCCUCUGCAACCCCGGCGUCUUCCAGUCCUCAGACACCUGCUAUGUGCUGUCCUUCUCCGUCAUCAUGCUCAACACCAGCCUACACAACCCCAACGUCCGUGACAGGCCGCCUUUCGAGCGCUUCGUGUCCAUGAACCGCGGCAUCAACGCCGGCGCCGACCUGCCCGAGGAGCAGCUUCGGCACCUCUUCGACAGCAUCAAGAGUGAGCCCUUCUCCAUCCCCGAGGAUGACGGCAACGACCUCACCCACACCUUCUUCAACCCUGACCGGGAGGGCUGGCUGCUCAAGCUAGGGGGCCGCGUGAAGACCUGGAAACGGCGCUGGUUCAUCCUGACCGACAGCUGCCUCUACUACUUCGAAUUCACCACUGACAAGGAGCCCCGGGGAAUCAUACCCCUGGAGAACCUCUCGGUGCAGAAGGUGGACGACCCUAAGAAGCCAUUCUGCCUGGAGCUCUACAACCCCAGCUGCCGAGGCCAGAAGAUAAAGGCCUGCAAGACCGACGGCGAAGGCAAGGUGGUGGAGGGCAAGCACGAGUCCUACCGCAUCUCCGCCUCCAGCGCCGAGGAGCGCGACAGGUGGAUCGAGGCCAUCCGAGCCAGCAUCACCCGCGUCCCCUUCUACGACCUGGUCUCUGCUCGGAAAAAGAAGAUCGCCAGCAAGCAGUGAGCUCCUCACGGUGGUGCCGGCCGUGCCCUGCGGGCCUAGACACUUGCCUCCCGGCCCUGUGCAGCCCCCGCCUCAGACACCACCCUCCGUCAUUCCCUCCAGCCGAUGCAGAGGGAGAGGCAGGAUGGGAAGGUGGGGCCCCGGAGGGCUCAGAGCGGGCGGCGAGGCCCCGGCCCUGGCAUCCAGCUUCUGACCGCAGAGGCCCUGGGCCCUUCUCCGAGUCCACUACAGAAAGGGCGAGGGAGGCCACCAAAGAGACACCUGGCACCCAGCCCACACCCUUCACCACGCUGGACUUCAGCACCCGCAGCUCUGAAAGAGCUCUUCACACUCCGACCCAUGGCCAGCCCCGGAGAGGCAGGGCUGGGGGUCCCGGAGUGCCUCCUGCCCUCCCCACCCCUCCUGUCCUCAGACUGGCUUUACCCUGCCUGCCUACGCAGGCAUUAGCACACACCGCCCAGACCCACAGACACAACCCUGGGGAGCACUGGGAGCCCAGGCCCUGUGGUCUUGGGCCCAGCUCUGUCUCGGGCCUGCUGUGUGCCCUCCACCAAGUCACACCCCUCCUCUGGUUCUGGGAAGACCGCAGUGUCUGCACUAAAGAGUGUCGUGGCCCCUCUAGCUCCGAAUCCCAGCUCCCAGCCGAGGUGGGGCACUCGUUUACUGAGCAGGGCUGGCUCUGGCUGCAGCCUGACGGGGACAGGGGAGCAGAGUGGCCCUCAUGCACAAGGACGUCCUUUGAGGGAGAGGAGCAGGUAUGACUUCUUGAGGAAGUGACAGAGAUCAGCCCAGACAGACAGAGCUCAAAGAAGAUUGGCGCUACAGCCCAGGACCGAGUAGAGAGAGCUUUGUGGACUGUGCUUACCUGGAAGGCUGCCUGGAGGCAGCGGCUGAGUCAAGGAAUGACACCAGACUCAGGCUCAGAGAAGCAGAGUCUCUUCCACAGCCGCCCUAUGAGACCACAGGCCAGGCAGCCCCACAGUGGUGAGGGGCGGCCCAAAGGCCCCGACAGCCAUGACAUCAUUCUACAGUGGACUCCCAUGACACAGGCCAGCAGCUGUGGCCCCAGAAAGGCCAGCCUGGAGGAGGCUUUCACGGGCUUCUCGGGAGCACUUCCCACCCCUCACACAGACUCUGGGGAGCCCCUGGAGGGAAAUUCCUUGGCAGGGGAGCUAGAUAUGUGGUUACCUCUGCCCCAGUGCCAGCCUGAGUGGGCGAGCGGAGCAGGUGGAUUCCCGGAGAGGAACAGCAGCUCGCCACCUCCCACCUCCACAGGCGCACCUUGAGGGGGAAGGAGGGCUGAGAGCCCUGUCUCUGCAGCCAUGUGACACCUGGCGGUGACACUACACCACAGAAGGUCUGAGCUGGGGCUGCAGGAGGCUGAGCAGAGGAAAGCUCCGCAGACCCCAGUCAGCCUGUGAGCUGGGCCCCACUCUGCCACCCCAUCGGGCCUGUAAAAGGGCAGCCAUGGUCAUGGAAGGAGCCCUGGGCUGUGAGGUCCCCCCUGCUGAUCACAGGGCAUAUGCAGGCUGUGUGACCUCUGUCUGCUGCCCUCCCCUCUCUGGUCCUGAGCUUCCCCGCCUCGCCACAGGGGUGGAUCUAUCAUUUUCAGAGCACAACUGGCUGCCUUGGGAUCACUAGAAAGAGGAAAUAAAGCUUCUAAUCUGA